CAGCUCUUGCCUUUCGAUCCUCAUCUCCCAUCUCGCCGCCCCGCCUCGAGCACACCAAUGAGCACGCACGCUGAUCAGAGCGCAGCACUCAGCUCGCAGGCAUGGUAGCGGUGAUCGUCAAGAGCGUCACGUCAAGAGCAGCCAACGCUCCCCCGGUGAGAUCCAUUGGCGUACGCGGGCCACCACGGAUGGAGAUCAAUCCAAGACGUCGCCCCCCGCACGUUGAUGUCAACAAAGGCGCAGCACACCAACGCCAUGGCUGCCAUUAAACUCUGAGUUUGUUUGCUGGGUGCAAGCCUUCCGCAGUGGGCUCACUCUCGCGCCGCUACUCAGCAAGAGCCACCAAUGCCCAGGAAGAUCAGCAAGCACCUUAUCAAUGACGCAAGCCGACGACCCAGUGCUUCCUUCUCUCGUCUCCUGGCCCACCUGCUCAGCAGAAAAGCGAUUGUCCCAGCUCGCCAUCGCUCAGCACAACCCAUCGACAACAUGUCAAUGUCCUCCACCGCACAGCAAGAGUGCGCCACCUGAAGGCCUUGGUGGUCACGACGACAGCUCGGCCGCUCCCCCCCAUCUUGGCGGUCACAGGUACAAUGCGUUCAAUCUUGGACAUCAUGGCUACAGCCCUCCCGGCGUCGACGCUGCCGUUCCCACAGUACCCUCUCAUCCAGGGCCUAGCAGCAGCAAUGGCGCCUCGCCACGCCCUUACCAGCGCAGGGGGCGCAAGAAGGUAUUCUGGUCCCACUUCGACUACGAGCUCGUGCUCAAAUGCAUUAGCAGCAGGGGUGUCCCCACGAAAGGCACGCUCUUCGAUUGGACUGGCGUAGUCAGCGAGAUGGACAAGAGGGGUCAAAAGCGACUCAAGUCUUCCCUCCGCUCCGCUCGAGCAUUUCAUCCUGCUCUCUCCGCCGACACUGCCACCGUUGCCCUCACACCGAUGCAUUACCUCUUCCCGCUCCUCCGUGAAGUCGUCAACGUCGCUGGGACUUUUGCUGCUUCGAUCAUGUGCCGCCGGCUGGCGGACGAAGCCCUAGAGGCAGCCGAUGCUGGCAAUACGGACGCUCGUGAUCUCACGCCCGAGCUUGGCAAGGCGGCAAACAACGAGCAGAAGGCUUUCGACGACUGGGCUGCGGAGAAGGCUGGAUCUCGCUGGGACUUGGGUCAGGACGACUUCGAAUGCUCACAGACGUCGUACCGCAUCGCUCGGGAGGCCUGGGCAUCCGCCAGGCGACCAAUUGCCACGUACGCUGCCUCGCCCGUCUCCGGCCCCUCGUCUGGCCCGCCAAAGGUGCUCGCCCUUGGCCGUUUCAGCUCUCCGGCAAACGCGAUCAAUGUGUGGUCCGAACUGAUGUUCGCUUUGAUCGCCAUCGAUGCCCUCCGAGCGAGCUGGCACUGCUUCGAAGCAGCAGCUGGCUGCUACGCCUUCAGCAAUUGGCGAGGAGACUGGCACCUGGACGUCGAGACCCGUGUGGGUAGCGCCGUUGCUGGCCUCGCUCGCAAGCAAGGCAGCGAAGACACGGUGGACGACGACAGCGACGACGAGAACGACGAGAAGGACACGCACGCCCUCUUCAACGACAUCAUGGAGCUAUUUGCGCAGGCGACACGCAUCGUUCUUCCUGCCGAGGCUGGUCUGGCGUCAGACAAGGAGUCCUUGGCCUUUUUCGUCAGGCACACCAAGGCUGACUGGGUCUGGGCAUACAUCGACAAGAACGGAAAGAUGCGCUACGAGACCUACAGCUCUGCGCAACUGCUGGCCAUGUUGGAGGGGCGCGAGGACCCGCCGGAGGGUUCCACCAUCCUCGAUGCUCUUGCGCGCGGCGAAGCUCGUCGCCAGCUGCAAAGGACAGCAUCAGGCUUCUCUCCCUCGCCGCAGCGCCACACAGGGUUCAAGGCUGUGCCCGACUGGCUGGCGGCCUUCAGCAAUGUCGCUGUCGCAGCCUCGACUGCGAUGGUGCCGAAGUGGACGCUGAAGAUGAUCACCCGCCACGACAGCGCCAAGAGGCAUGCAAUGAGCUUCAAGGUCGAGGACGAGGGGGAUGAAGAGCUCAAGUACUGCAAGACGUACUGAAGGGAUCCAAAGGAGGUGAAGGAGAUGCUAGACCAGAUGGAGGUCAGCAAGAAGACGAAGAGAGCGGCGGGGAUGAAGGCGGAGAAAGAGGAUGAGAAGGAAAGGGAGAGGGAGGAGAGAUGGAAAAUCUGCCCUUUGGGAUCAACAAGCUGCCGUAAGUGUCACCUCUGCUGAUACCUUGACAUGA